CUUCCCUUAGAUGUCUAAGGUGGACCUCCAUUCUCCUCUUUACCAUACACACUCCCCUCUUUUUCUCAAAUACACUUCUAUUUAAACCUUUCUUUCCCUCUCUCUUCUCCCACAAUCCUCUCUUUCUUCUCUUCUCUCCCCUCUUCAAAAGAACAACAAAAUGACUUCUACAUCUGCAAAUUACACUACUUGGGCUACAACCCAAAAUUCUCAUCCCUUUUCACCAUCAACUUCUUAUUCUUCUUCUCAUGUUGAUUUUUCCCUCCCUUCAAAAUCCAUCUCUAAGAAAAAUCUCACAAUUAGAAAAACUAACAUCCACUCUGCUUUACAGUCCCCUGCUGUACUCACUUUCCCUAAACAGAAAAAACAAAAUCAAACAAUUCCCAACAAACAUUUACACUCUCAGCCUCAAACUCCUGACUUGAAUCUUUUCCAGAGAGCAGCAGCAAAAGCUUUAAAUAUUGUCGAGAGCGCGUUAGUCUCACGCGAACUCCAAAACCCACUUCCUAAAACAGCUGAUCCACGUGUACAAAUCGCCGGCAACUUCGCCCCGGUGCCGGAACAGCCCGUCCGUCAUAAUCUUCCCGUUACAGGGACAAUUCCCCAUUGCAUUAACGGCGUUUAUGUCCGUAACGGUGCUAACCCGCUCUUUCAACCAGUAGCGGGUCACCACCUUUUUGAUGGUGACGGGAUGAUUCAUGCCGUCACCAUUGAUAAUAGCUCAGUGAGCUAUUCUUGUCGUUUCACUGAAACGCAAAGAUUAGUCCAAGAACGCGAAUUGGGUCGUCCUGUUUUUCCAAAAGCCAUUGGAGAACUUCACGGCCAUUCUGGAAUUGCGCGGCUAUUGCUCUUCUACGCUCGUGGACUAUUCGGGCUCGUGGAUCAUAGCCACGGCAUGGGAGUGGCUAAUGCCGGAUUGGUUUACUUUAACAACAAACUUUUAGCCAUGUCAGAAGAUGAUGUCCCGUAUCAAGUUCAAAUCUCGUCUUCUGGUGACCUUCAAACUGUUGGAAGGUACGAUUUUGACGAGCAAUUAAAAAGCACAAUGAUUGCUCACCCGAAAAUUGAUCCUGUUUCCGGUGAGCUUUUCGCUUUGAGCUACGACGUAGUUAAGAAGCCUUACUUGAAGUACUUCAAGUUUUCGAUAGAUGGGAAGAAAUCACCUGACGUCGAAAUUCCACUCGACGUGCCCACCAUGAUGCAUGAUUUUGCUAUUACCGAGAAUUAUGUCGUAAUUCCCGAUCAGCAAGUUGUGUUCAAGCUUCAAGAGAUGAUCAAAGGUGGUUCACCAGUAAUUUAUGACAAAAACAAGAAAUCCAGGUUCGGGAUUCUACCCAAAAAUGCUAAAGAUUCGACGAAUAUUAUUUGGGUAGAAUCACCCGAAACAUUCUGUUUUCAUUUAUGGAAUGCUUGGGAAGAGCCAGAGACAGAUGAAGUAGUUGUCAUUGGCUCAUGCAUGACACCACCAGACUCAAUUUUUAACGAAUGUAAUGAGAAUUUACAGAGUGUUUUGUCCGAAAUAAGGCUCAAUUUGAAGACAGGCGAAUCGACAAAACGCGCUAUAAUUUCAUCGUCAGAACAAGUUAAUUUGGAAGCUGGAAUGGUUAAUAAGAACAAACUUGGCCAAAAAACACAAUAUGCUUAUCUUGCAAUUGCAGAGCCAUGGCCAAAAGUAUCAGGAUUUGCAAAAGUAGACCUAUCUACAGGAAAAGUUCAGAAAUAUAUGUAUGGAGAUGAAAGAUAUGGAGGUGAGCCAUUAUUUUUACCAAGAAAUAUAAAUUCGGAGAACGAAGAUGACGGUUUUAUUCUUGCAUUUUGCCAUGACGAGAAGACAUGGAAAUCAGAACUACAAAUUGUGAAUGCUGUGACUCUAGAAUUGGAAGCUACUGUUAAGCUUCCAUCUAGAGUUCCAUAUGGAUUUCAUGGGACUUUUAUUAGCUCAAAAGACUUGCAAAAUCAAGUAUAGUACUACAAAAUUAUUAUUGGUAAAUACGUAAAUAUUAAAGGGGUAGAAAUUAAGGGUGAGAAAAUUAUACUAUAAGUGUGUUAUAAAGGAGAUAUUCAGAAACCAAGCUUGAAGCUUGUAGGUGUGUAGGUAGGAUUAGAUAGGCUCAGAUGGUUUCUGUUAUCUUUCUUUUCUCUUUUUUGUCAUUGUAUAUGAGUGAAUAUUUAUACGUAUUGGCAGUAUUAUACUAGUUGCAACAAGCUUGAAUAUGGUGUUCAACUUUUCUUA